AGCUCAUUGACUGACGGACGGGAGGAAGAAUAUGACAGGGCGCGCGAAAAGAAAACCAAAAUCGGUUAAGACCUAAAGAGGAGUUGUGCUGUUGUGCAGGAGUCGGCAUCAGGUCCGCCGAAGAGAGCCUGCACUGACGGGUCCGAACCAGUACCGUCAGCUAAGGUGAGCUCCGAGCUCCGAGAGCAGAUCGUUCAACUUUACAAGCUUCAGAUGCCAGAAGAUCUAUACCAUUUUUGGGACUUUUGUCAAGGCCUUUGUCCGGAUGACCCCAGAGAUGCGUUGAUGGACACACUGGGUUUGCGGUUGGUCGGUCCGUUUGACAUUUUGGCUGGGGCGCAUAAAAAUACCCAGAAUCCUCAGCAACACCUCCACCUGCACUGGAGGUACUUCUACGACCCCCCUGAGUUCCAAAGCAUACUGCAGGGCUGUGCAGACACCCAGCAUCACAUGGGCUACUACAGAGACACUCCUGACUCUCUUCCUUCGUUCGUUGGGGAAAAUGAAGCCAAGAAGGGCUGUGGCAUAUCACAGCUGGGAGACAACGUCUUCGCUGCUGUCCUCCUGUUCCUGCUGCGGAAGAGAAAAGAGAGGGAAGUUCAGAAAGGAAAAGGGGAAUCCUUGGAGAACCUGGAGAGCAAGUUGAGAGGCAAGGCGGAGACUCUGGGCCUCUCGUUGGAACAGAAAACCAAAGACAUGAAGCUGAGGGACAAGAAGGUUGUGACCAAGACAUUCCACGGGGCUGGUAUUGUGGUUCCUGUAGACAAGAAUGAUGUUGGAUAUAGAGAACUGCCGGAGACAGACGCCGGCAUGAAGAAGAUCUGCAAGGCCAUCGCCGAGGCCCGCAGCGACGAGGAGAGGGUGAAGGCCUUCGGACCGCUGCAGGAGAUGAUCACCUUCGUCCAGUUUGCCAACGACGAGUGUGACUACGGCAUGGGCUACGAGCUGGGGAUGGACCUGUUCUGCUAUGGCUCACAUUAUUUCUACAAGGUGAUCAGACAGCUGCUCCCUUUGGCCUAUAACCUGUUGAAGAGGAACCUGUUCGCUGAGAUCCUGGAGGCCCACCUCAGCAGCCGUUCCCAUGACAACCUCGAUCAACUUUCUGCCCAGUAGCCGCUUAGUGUCCCACUCGUGAUCAGCUUUCUCUGUUUAUUUGGUUUUUCCCAGUGUCAAUGAUGUUGGCAUUGGUGGUGCUGCCUUUGUCCUGCCAACGGAAUUGUCUUUGUGAAAAGUAGAUGUUCAAUAAAGUAUUCAUUUUAUAUUUUUAAAA